AUGGGAGUCGCGCUGCGGUUCCUGCGUAACCCAAAAGUGUCGUUCCUCCCAGUUGAUACGAAGCGCCAGUUUCUGCUCUCCAAAGGUCUGACCUCUGAUCAAGUCUCCGCAGCACUUGCAGCACACGAUGCGGCCGCCUCUGCCCUGACCUCAACACCUCCACGCCUUGGGUGGACAUGGCAAGAGCUGGGACUUGUGCUGGGUCUCACUGCCACAGGCGGCUAUCUCCUGUACAAAUACCUCCAAUUUUACUAUCCAUCAGCACCCAUCAUGAAGAUGAUGCGAGCUCGACCAACAUCAUCCGCAAAGCAGCUUGAACGUAUCCACAACAAACUUGGGCUGCUGGAAACCCGCAUCGCAGCACUGGAGAAGAAAAUGGACACCGAUAUGCCUGGUCUGCAGCGGCGGAUGCAGCAGCUCAACACGAAAGUCGUGAGUGCGGUUGACGAGCUACAGACGGACGUGGCCAACGUGAAGACAAUGCUGCUUCGCCCAAAGGCAACACUCUCCCCGCGACGCAAUGGCCUCCCAGACUGGCAGCGGCAGGUGCGCAGCAGACCAGCCACCGCCAACGCAACCGCCACCACCACCACCAGAAGCAACAGCAAUAACACCAACCACACAGCGCAUCAGGCACCUGCAGGCACCACCACUGCACAGCGCGCAUCUCACUCCCCAUCCUCGUCAUCCUCGUCGCCGUCGUCGUUGUCACCGCCAUUUUCCGCGUCUGAACGACACACCGCGACCACCAACGACAACAACAACAACAACACCAACGACAACAACAACAGCAACAACAACAACACCAACGACACCACAACGGAAGCACACCCAUCACCUUCUCCACAGCUGAAGAACGACCAACAACAACAGCACAACAGCAAGAGCAACACAUCACCGCAGGCGGUGGCUUGA